UGGGUACGUGCUCGCGUCUGUGUGAUUCGUGCGCGUUCCAGUUGAGGGUGGAUUACGUCAGUUGGCUUGAGACGGACACCGAUCUGAGGAGAACUGAUGAAGGUGAUCCGCUGAAGGCCGUGAUGAUGCUGUCGCGUGUCUUCCGGCUUCAUGGGCUGUUCGUCGCCUCUCACCCGUGGGAGGUGAUCGUGGGAACAGUCGCCGUGACGUUGUGUCUGAUGUCCAUGAACGCUUUCGUCACUAAUGACCAGAUAUGUGGCUGGAACCAUCAGUGUCCCAAAGUACAGGAGAAAAUUCAAAGCGGUGACAUGAUCAUUUUAACCAUCACACGAUGCAUGGCCAUCAUUUACAUCUACGUCCAGUUCAAAAACCUUCGUCAACUCGGCUCCAAAUACAUACUGGGUAUCGCUGGUCUGUUUACCAUCUUCUCCAGCUUUGUGUUCAGCACUGUGGUCGUUCACUUCCUGGGUAAAGAGCUCACAGGACUGAAUGAGGCGCUGCCGUUCUUCCUGUUGCUGAUCGAUCUGUCUAAAGCCUGCACACUGGCCAAGUUCGCUCUCAGCUCAAACUCACAGGAGGAGGUCCGAGAGAAUAUUGCUCAAGGCAUGGCCAUCCUGGGACCCACGUUCACCCUGGACGCGCUUGUGGAGUGUCUGGUCAUCGGUGUGGGCACCAUGUCUGGUGUGCCCCAGCUGGAGAUCAUGUGCUGUUUCGGCUGCAUGUCGGUUCUGGCCAAUUACUUUGUGUUCUUGACGUUCUUCCCCGCUUGUGUGUCUCUGGUGUUAGAGCUGUCCCGUGAGAGCCGUGAGGGGCGGCCCAUCUGGCAGCUCAGUCAUUUCGCUCGUGUCCUGGAGGAAGAAGAGGGAAACAAACCAAACCCCGUCACUCAGAGGGUCAAAAUGAUCAUGUCUCUAGGUCUGGCUCUGGUUCACGCUCACACUCGCCUCGUGACUGAAUCUCGGACACACAACAUGAGCAGUUCAGACGUGGAUCUGCCCACACCCAACAUGGAGUCCGACAGGACCAUGUCCAGUGUGGAUUUGGAGCAGGUCAUCACGCUCUCUCUCGCUCUGUUAUUGGCGGCCAAGUACGUGUUUUUCGAGCAGGCUGAAACUGAAUCCUCCCUGUCAAUCAAAUCCCCUGUGGCCACGCCCAGCUGCGCUCUGACCAAUAGGAGAGCAGAAGAGGACCGCUGUCAGAGGGAGUCGGCUCCGCCCAAAGCCCUCAAGACGGUCCAGACCAAUAAAGAUGGAGAUGGACAGCACGAGGAGGAAGAACUGGACGAGUGUCGUGAGCUCCAGUCUCAACAGCGCCGCCCUGUGGACGAAUGUCUCGCAAUACUUAAAGACCCCAGAAGAGGAGCUCGGUUCCUGAGCAACGCUGAGGUGUCGUCAUUGGUGGAGUGCAGAGGGAUUCUGGGAUACCGUUUGGAAGCAGUGCUGGAGAGUCCCGAGAGAGGCGUGGCCGUACGCCGAGAGAUGCUCUCUUCUAAACUCUCAGACUCGUCAGCGCUGGAGAACCUUCCCUACAGACACUACGACUACUCAAAGGUGAUCGGCACUAACUGUGAGAACGUGAUUGGCUACGUGCCUGUGCCAGUGGGCGUGGCUGGACCACUCCUAUUGGACGGGAAAGAAUUCCACGUCCCCAUGGCAACGACGGAAGGCUGUUUAGUGGCCAGCACCAACCGUGGAUGCCGAGCCGUCACACUGUCAGGUGGCGUGAGCAGUCGAGUUCUAGCGGACGGGAUGACCCGCGGGCCGGUGGUUCAGAUGCCGUCGGCGUGCCGGGCGGCCGAGGUCAAGGGUUGGCUGGAGAGUUCUGAGGGCUUCAGUGCCGUCAAACAGGCCUUCGAUCACACCAGCAGGUUUGCUCGUCUGGACCGGCUGCAGGUCAGUUUGGCCGGGAGGAACCUUUACGUCCGCUUCCAGUCUCAGACCGGAGACGCCAUGGGCAUGAACAUGCUGUCAAAGGGAACAGAAGAGGCUCUGAGCCGACUUCAGGAACGCUAUCCUGACAUGCGUCUGUUAGCCGUCAGCGGGAACUUCUGCACCGAUAAAAAACCAGCCGCCAUCAACUGGAUCCAAGGCAGAGGAAAGUCCACAGUGUGUGAAGCCAUCGUCCCGGCUCGAGUGGUGAAAGAGGUGUUGAAGAGCAGCACUGGCGCUCUGGUGGAGCUGAACAUCAGUAAGAAUCUGGUGGGAUCAGCGAUGGCCGGAAGCAUCGGCGGAUUCAACGCUCAUGCGGCAAACAUCGUAACGGCCAUCUACAUCGCCUGCGGACAGGAUCCUGCACAGUCGGUGGGCAGCAGUAACUGUAUUACUCUGAUGGAGAGUGUUGGGACAGAUGGGGAAGAUCUGUACAUCUCCUGCACGAUGCCCUCACUGGAGCUGGGCACUGUGGGCGGAGGAACCGGCCUGCCCGCGCAACACGCCUGUUUACAGAUGUUGGGUGUUCAGGGUGCCAGUGCUCAGUGUCCCGGUGAGAACUCCCGAACGCUGGCACGGAUCGUCUGUGGGACAGUGCUGGCCGGAGAGCUCUCACUGAUGGCUGCGCUCGCCGCGGGACACCUCGUCAAGAGUCACAUGACCCACAACAGGUCAAAAGUCAAUAUUAGAGAGACUGAACCGCAGCCCAAGGAAGCUUCAUGAAGAGUGCACACCCAGAGAACUCUGGGAAGUGAGUCUGGAGCACCUGACCUGACGUCUGGUUCCUCGUGUGUGUUCUCAGGCCGUCUGGAGGAGCUUUCUUCUGUGAAGCAGCUCAUUUUGCAGUCAGAGCGGGAAUUAUGGGAAUUACUAAUGUUUUACGUUUGCUAUGUGCCUCAAUUUUAUAAGGCGACCACGAGUUAAUGAGCGAGACGCCCAGUGAUUGACUGGAUCAUUGCUCACGUUACUGAAUGUGUGCGUUUAGUCUUGCACUACAAGCCAGAACUAUCAAUUGCUCAAGACUUGUCAAAACCUGGUACAAGCUGAUAAAGCCGAAACACGGCGGCGUUAUCACUCUGUGAGAAUGGGACGUGAAAACAGGAUUUGUUUUGCACCCUGGCUGACUAAUCAUGAUCUCAGAUCAGGGCUUGAUGGGUGAUGGUGUGGUUUGGACCUUCUAGAGCAUCAGAUUGUGAAUGAAUGUAUUUAAUUGAUGUGUCAAAUCAAUCCUGCCAAACUCACUGUGACAAACUCCACUGACGGACCUUAUAAACCAGGUGCUACUUUAAUAUAACAAGUCAUUUGAGUUUAUGAAUCUGAGUGUGGAUGCUUGCACUAUUUGCAUUGUGUGUGUGUGUGUGUGUGUGUGUGCACUAUUAAUGAAAUGCGUCUGAAUUGCCACUAUGACUUUAAAGCCCUUCAGCUUUUCUCAAAAGCAAAUCCUUUCACUUUCUGAUUAAAGAAAGUGUUGAUAAAGCCAUAUUUGUCUUAUAAAGUUGCUUUCUCUCCUGCUAAAUUAUUGAUCAGAUCUGCAUAUUUUAAAAUCGUCAGUAUUUUUGUUGAAUAACUGUUGUAAAUGCGUCAAACUGGAAAAAUAAACAUUAACAGAGUAUUA